AUGUUCCACCAGGUGUGCCACUGUCCGUCCGAUGGAGGUCCGCUGAUGUGCUACCCCAUCCCAGCCUGUGACCCCAGCAACCCCAGUGACCCCCACAAACCCAUGCUGGCCACCAUACAGGAGGGUCACCAUAGACACCCUACAUAUCCCCCUAUCCAUCCCUACCUCACACAGGACAAACUGAGAGAGACCGAGAGCAACAGACAGGCUAAUCACCCCUAUAACACACAGGAGACACAAGCUAUAGGUGUACCCCCCUACAACCGUCCUCCAUUCCCUUUCACCGGGCCAGACCUACCGCCAUCCAACAGCCUGGACCUCCCCCCGUUCCCUUUCAACGGGCCAGACCUACCGCCAUCCAACAGCCCGCACCUCCCCCCGUUCCCUUUCACCGGGCCAGACCUACCGCCAUCCAACAGCCCGCACCUCCCGCCGUUCCCUUUCAACGGGCCAGACCUACCGCCAUCCAACAGCCCGCACCUCCCCCCGUUCCCAUUCAACGGGCCAGACCUACCGCCAUCCAACAGCCCGCACCUCCCCCCGUUCCCGUUCGAUGCCCAUAUUCCCCUGGACCUCCUGCCCCUGUUCAAACCAGACCACAUGACUGAGGAUGAGGACUAUGACUACCUUACUACAGACGUGUCAGAACCCCCUGUGAAUGAUCUGGCCUACCCCACACCGUCCUCCUCCGUCUCCGUCUCUUACCCCGGGACAGGGGCUACACAGCCACGCCACGACAGGGGCAAAGGUAAGAGCUACGAUAAGCCUUAUGGUAGGGCUGAUAACGGCUAUGGUAACAGGGGAAAUGGUAAGAGAGAUAAGCAGGAGCUGAGGGAGAUAUAUGGAGUCCAUGAGGCAACCACAGAGAGUAUGGUUACAGACAGAGUAGGACUGGGAGACAGACUAAGACAGACAGACAGAUCUACAGAGACAGACAGAUCUACAGAGACAGACAGAUCUACAGAGACAGACAGAUCUACAGAGACAGACAGAUCUAAGCAUAUAGGUAGGGUGACACUGACAGACAAGCUACAGAAAACAGACAGGUUGAUGACAUUUGGACUUUACAAGGCCACCACAGACGGGUUUGGAGAGACAGACAGCUCAGUGACAGUAGAACAGACUACGUCUAGUCAGCUUGACGACACCCCAGUAGAGACCACCUCCCACAGUACCAGCUCCAGCCACCAGGAGACCACCUCCCACAGUACCAGCUCCAGCCACCAGGAUACCACCUCCUACAGUACCAGCUCCAGCCACCAGGAUACCACCUCGAUCUGGAACACACCCUCAGAGAGCCAGAUUCACCCUCACCCUCAGGGGGACGGGGCUGGGGCUGGGGAUGCAAGGGAGAGCUGGGAUAGAGGGAUGGAGGGGGAGCAGGAGGAGGAGGAUGAGGAGGAGGAGGAGGAGAGAGUAGUUCCAUUGGAGAAUACCACAGGACCUGGGUGGAGAGAAGUGUCUUAUGACGUAGAUUUGGAUAAACAGGGGAAGAGGGGAGGAGAGAAGAGUACCCAUACCAACCAAGUGAAGGCUGCUGUUGUCAGAGAACCUGGAAGUCACCAGGACAACACUACAGUAGAACACAAUACUACAUCCCCCAGAAGGAAUCAGGACCACACCACCCACAGGAAGCCUCACCACCACAUCCUGACCCAGAAGCCUAAGCCUCACCAUACUACCCCCAGGGAGUAUGAGGUCAUCACAGACAGAACUACAUCUCCCAGACUGCCUGACCACCACACCUUGACCAGGAAGCCUGACCACUACACCACCCCCAAGGAGUAUGAGGUCCACACAGACAGAACUACAUCUCCCAGACUGCCUGACCACCACACCUUGACCAGGAAGCCUGACCACUACACCACCCCCAAGGAGUAUGAGGUCCACACAGACAGAACUACAUCUCCCAGACUGCCUGACCACCACACCUUGACCAGGAAGCCUGACCACUACACCACCCCCAAGGAGUAUGAGGUCCACACAGACAGAACUACAUCUCCAAGACUGCCUGACCACCACACCGGCAGAACUGCAACUACAAGAGAGCUUGAUGUCCACACCGACAGAACUACAACCCCAAGACAAGCUGAGCACCACAGCCUCAACAGACAGCCUGAUCACCAUACCCUGACCAGGAAGCCUGACUCCCAUGCAGGCAGAACUACAACUCCCAGAGAGCUGAACCACCACACAACCCACAGACAGCUUGAUCACUAUACCCUGACCAGACAGCCUGAUCCCCAUCACCCAGCUCCCAGGGACUCAGAGCAGCACCAUACCCAUCCCAGGGUGAGAUUCAGCCCAACCAGCCAGCCUUCUCUCAGGGUAUCACCUGACCUGGGUCACCACGUAAGUCAGCCUCUCCACAAGCAGUCCCAGACGCUCUUCAACCUGCAGAGCAAUGAUGCGGAGGAGCAUGAGAAGGAGGAGGAGGUGCAAGAGGAGGAGGAGAGGGGAUAUGUUCCAGUCUUUCUCCCAAAGGCUCAGGAGGGUGAGUAA